CUUUCCUGUUCAGCCGCCCAAGCCUCCGAUCCGAUUGAAACUCGUUUAGUAGAUUAUAAAUAAAUACCCAGCACAAAACCCAAGCCAUCAUCGUCAAAGCUUCUACAUUCGGCUGCUCCAAGCCUCCCACCCGAUUGAAGAAAAACCAGAGGAAAACACGGGGAAAACAUAGGAAAAAUCAACGGAAAAAAAAGGGAAGACGGAAAAAAUCGAAAGGCUGCUUUAAAAGAUAAUUUAGCCUUGUUCAACAUGUUGGCACUUGGUCAUUAUUUUUGGAUAUUCCGGAGCUGGUUAUUUGCCUAUCUCUGCAUUGUACAACAAACAUGUUAGCACUACAGCACCUGGGCACGUUCAGGAAAGCAGAAGGUUUGACACUUCUGGAAUUCCAUCUUGGCCCGAACUCGAGUGCAAAUGGCUCACGUGCGCUGUGGUCGAGAUGCCCUUCGCCGCCUCGUUGGAGCCCAGACUUCCUCCUCCACUGCCAGCAUCACCAAUCCUAUCCUCUUCGCUGGCCAAGGCCUCAGAUAUCGGAAGCUGGAGGUCAUCCUCACCACGACUAUCGACAAACUGGGGAAAGCCGGGGAGACGGUGAAGGUGGCCCCGGGGUAUUUCCGCAACCACCUAAUGCCCAAGCUGCUCGCCGUCCCAAACAUAGACAAGCAUGCCUUCCUUAUCAGAGAACAGCGCAAGCUUUACCAACGUGAAGAAGCAGAAGCUGUGACAGAAGUUUCAAAGACUGAGGAUGAUGCAGUGCAAGAUCAGCAAAAGGAGGAUAAAAUGAAAGAAUAUCAGACAGCAGCAAAACGUCUUGAUAAUGCUCUUCUGGUUUUGAGAAGGUUCAUCAAGGUUGACAGUGAACUGCGUACACCUGUGACAAAGGAGGAACUUGUGGCUGAGGUGGCAAGACAGCUUUUUGUUAAUAUCCACCCCGAUAAUCUGCACCUACCAUCACCACUCGAAUCGUUGGGGGAGUAUGAGGUGCCCCUCCGCCUACCAAGAGAGAUUCCACGGCCUGAGGGAAGGCUACAGUGGACUCUAAAUGUUAAGAUCAGGAGAAAAUGAACAGCAGGUUAGCUGCUUCCAUAUUGAGAUCGCUUAAAUUGUCCAACAUACAAACCUGCUAAGUAAAUUCACUGUUUAAGUGUAUGAGCAUGCAAUUUGAUUGUUUCAGCUGUAGGGUGAUAUUAUCAACCCGCACGGUUGACUUUCAUCUGCAGGGAAGGUGUGAGUUAGGGUCGUUGGGAACAUCUUUAAAAGAGGGGGAUGAUGUGAUUGGCUUACAAAUAUAUGGCACCAAUAUAACGAAGCUGCAGAAUUUUCUUCAAAAAUGUUGCUGCCGCCAAGGGAUCUGAAGUUUUAUCAAUCAGAUUGUUUGUUUUAUGAUGAGUUGAUCUAAUGAUUUUUGUUUUCUUUUUUGGAAAAGGAAAGAAAAAGAAUGCAAGGAGCUAUCCUUUUUCUCACUUAUUUUUCUGCCAGAAUCAAAUUCCCUCUCCAAAAACUGCGGUCAUACUAUGCUUCAAUGCAUGCAAUAAUUGUUUUACCCAAAUCGAGAUUAAGCUGCUUUUGUACUCAUUGGAUAAUCUAAAAAUUUAUUUCAGGAUGCAUGGAAGAAUUUUAUGAAUAAAUAUUAGUGGUUUUUCAAA